GGCGGUGUCUUUCACAUUUCGGCUAGCAGCACCGAUCUCAAACAUAGAGAAGCGGCGAAAAUGGUCACGGCUCUCGAAGAACGAGCUGCGGAACUUCGGAGGAUAAAAGGUAACGAUACUUCCUAGUUGCACUAGCUGUACUUCUGAAGAUAGAAAUCAAUGGGAGCCCAUAAUCGGUGUAGUAGCACGAUUCAUACUUUUUACUGCCACCUGAGUCAAAAACUGAUUGUCAUUUGCCGCUCAUUUUUCCAUGUACAGAUUUAGAAUUUUAAUCCCCCGUCAACCGUUGUCGUCCAGAUCAAAGCUACAAGAGUUUGUAUCGAUCAAGCUGGGAUUUGAGUGUUUUGGAUCCGGAGCAAGUGCGAGACAUGCAGAUGGCGUUUCGGCCAGAGCGCAUGCACGCUUUAGAGCAGAAAAUGUCGAAGCACGUUUUUAUUCGCUACGAGAAUUCUCUCUACGACCUUGACAGCUGCAGUGAAGCCGUGGCAGGAGACACUAUGAUGGACGACAUGGAGGUCGGCGUGGUCCCUGGGAGGCCAGCACGAGGCGU